AUGGCUUCGAAAGGAGCCGUCUUGCCUCUGUUGAGGUGUGAGCUGAGAGCUUCUCGAUCGUGGCGAGCUAGCUCAUUGUCUGCAGCUACAAGGACCGUCCGCCACGCUUCUUUCUUCGCCCCUGAGAGGCGACCAUGCCGUCGUACUGGUUUUCCGAGCGGGCGUGUUGUUCGGGGUCAAACUAGACCAUUUUCUCAGUCCCUGCGAAGGCGUGAUGCGGAGGCCGCUCUCGACCCCAGCCAGAUUGAGAGGGAGUCAGAUGAAGUUGAUGUUUGUAUUGUCGGUGGCGGCCCGGCAGGUCUCGCAGCGGCAAUUCGGCUAAAGCAGCUGGCCAACGAAGCCGGCAACGAAGAGUUCAGGGUCGUCCUCCUAGAGAAAGCAGGAGAAUUGGGAGGACACAUCGUUUCCGGCAAUGUUCUCGAGCCAACUGCUCUCAACGAGCUCCUGCCUGACUGGCUGUCCGAGGACAAUCCAUCGCGAUUCGAACAUGUGACUCCCGCGAAGAGCGACAAGAUGCGCUUUCUGACGAAGAAUUCGGCUAUACCAAUUCCCGCCCCGCCGCAGAUGAAUAAUCAUGGAAAUUACAUUAUAAGCUUGAGUCAAUUGACCAGGUGGCUUGGGGAACGCGCCGAGGAGUUGGGGGUGGAGAUCUAUCCUGGUUUUGCCGCCAGUGAGGUGUUGUACAAGCCGGAUGGUUCGGUGCGCGGUGUCGCAACAAACGAUCUGGGUAUAGGGCGAGACGGUAAACCGAAGGAAAAUUUUGAGCGGGGGAUGGAAUUUCACGCGCGUGUCACGUUGCUCGCUGAGGGGUGUCAUGGGAGCUUGAGCAAACAGGUCAUCAAGAAAUAUGAUCUCCGCCGUGACAGUCAACCGCAAACCUAUGGACUGGGGAUAAAGGAGGUUUGGGAGGUACAGCCCGAGAAAUUCAGACCCGGCGAGAUUGUCCACUCGAUGGGUUACCCCUUGCCAAAGGACACCUACGGCGGAGCUUGGAUGUACCAUUUUGGCGACAACUUGGUCAGUAUCGGCCUGGUCGUCGGUCUGGAUUAUCCCAACCCGUGGCUUUCUCCAUAUGCCGGAUUUUUGAACGUCCCAAAGAUCAAAGGUACGCAUACUGCCAUGAAGUCCGGCAUGCUGGCAGCCGAGGCGGCGUUUUCGGCCUUGCAAAACAAUGACAAUGGCAGUGUCUUCCUAUACGACUAUGAGGAUUCUCUCCGUAAGUCGUUCAUCUGGAAAGAACUCAAGGAGGUGCGCAACAUGCGCCCUUCCUUCAACACUCCUCUCGGUAUCUACGGUGGUAUCCUGUACUCAGGACUGGAGGCCUACAUCUUCCGCGGCAAAACGCCAUGGACACUAAAGCACCACGGCAGCGAUUCCGCCGCGACGAAAAAGGCUUCUGAGUGUGAGAAGAUUGAGUAUCCCAAACCUGACGGGGUAAUCAGCUUCGAUAUUAUGACCAGUGUGAGUCGCACUGGAACGAAUCACGAAGAAGACCAGCCUGUCCAUUUGCAGGUGAAGGACUGGGAUGAGCAUACCAAGGCUGCGUGGCCCCAAUAUCAGGGUGUUGAGAAUCGGUUUUGUCCCGCCGGCGUCUAUGAGUACGUCGAGGACCCUUCCAAAGAGCAUGGCGUUCGUUUCCAAAUCAACUCUCAGAAUUGCAUCCAUUGCAAGACUUGUGAUAUUAAGGUCCCUACUCAGGAUAUCAACUGGCAGACUCCUCAGGGAGGAGAAGGCCCCAAAUAG